CGCCACUUGGACGAAUCUGAGGAUAAAUGGCUCUUAAGUAGCGGGCCGAGAAUAACGGAGGCUGAUUAAGGCAAGCGUUUGUUUCAAUCAAAAAGUGGAAAAACAAAGAGAAACUUUACAGUUUCAAUGAACAAAAUACUUUCAUCUUUGAUUUUGUUUCCUUGUAUCGAUUUCGUAAAGCUCUCCCCCUUUAUUUAUCUGUUAUUUACUAAAGCCAGUGUUACAAGUGUGUUGACCGUGUUCUGCGAUGAAUGUCUUCCAAGUAUAACGAGAAAAGGUCUUGUAAUGAUUUAAAGAAAAGUGUGGAUUUUUGUCUGCUUCUGUGUUCUUAAAAAAAAGAAAAAGGCAACAACAAACCUGUAUUGGUAUGUUAUGCAAUUCAAUAGCUUAGUUUUUUUAAUUUUCAUUUAUCUUAUUAAAAAUAUCUUUGUGUGUGUGCGUGUACGCUAGCUCUUUAUGUACACACUAUGUUGUAGAUUUUGACUCAAACGUGAUAGAAAAAAGACUUAUUACCGGAAAUAAACUUUUGUUUGAAAGAGAAAAAACAUACACCCAUUCAUGUUUAAUAAAUGAAACUAAACACCAAAGCAAACUUGUCAGAAGAGCAGAAAAAUAAUCAGUCUAAUUUGGAUUCAAACUAGGAAGGCUGGAUUCAAACUUGGAUUAAGAAUUAAUGUUGAUAGAUAGUUAUGAAAACUGUUAGCGAUAUUUUCAUUAUACCCUACUUCAUACUUCAAAAUUUACCCACAACACUGAUACGGACGUCAUUGGAAGAACUGUAUCAACAUCAGACUAUUUCUUGACCUGUUAUUUGUUUUGUUGUUUGAUUUAUAAAAUCCGCCCUCCUCACCUGUUAUUCCGGAAUAUGUUUAUUUAUUAACCAUCAUUAUUGUUAAUAAUUAAAAACGAGGAUUAUCGUGCUUAGGCAUGAUGUGCAAACCUAAGUACUACAUUGCUGUGCGAAGAUCUCAUCACAUGAACAAAGUACAUUUUUUGCACGGUCACCGUGAUUGGCAUUACCUUUUUUGCUUACCUAAAAUUGUCCUCAGUACUAUCGCCACCUCGCAUUAUUAAACGUGUGAUUUUUAUACCAACCAAUCAGCCGAUCAACCAACCAGCCUCCAAUAGCUAUAUAUAUAUAUAUAUAUAUAUAUAUAUAUAUAUAUAUAUAGGCACAGGCAAACAAUCGCAAGAUGUUGAACCGACUGGCGGCAUGGAUAGUAAACAACUAUAUUGGAGAAUAUGUGGAAAAUUUAAACCGAGACAGCGUCUACGUUGGUCUCCUGGCUGGUGCUGUUCAGCUUGAUGAUCUCAUCUUGAAGAAAGAUGUCUUUAACCAGUUUGGGCUGCCUUUGCAGCUCAAGAAAGGGAUGAUACGUAAAAUCACCUUAAAAAUCCCAGUGACACGGAUUCACAGUGAACCAUGGGUCAUCACAAUGGAAGGUGUCUACAUCAUUGUUGAACCUAUGAAACAUGCAGAUUGUGAUAAGAUUGAACGGAAAAAACUCUACCAAAGUUCAAAACAACUUGCCCUUGAGACUGUUGAUGAUAUGUUAAAGCAAUCUGGGAAAUCAAAGGCUUCUUCAAGUUCUUGGCUUGUCACUCUAACAUCUGUGGCAAGCAACAUUCUUGAAAACUUGCAGCUCCACGUCAAUGAUGUCCACAUACGGUAUGAAGACAGCGACCUGAAUCCUUCUCAUCCCUUUGCUGUGGGAAUUGAUUUAGACAGUCUAAUAGCUCAGAGCACUGAUGAAAACUGGGUACCAUGUUUUGUGUACAGGAAUGUCAAUGAAAUGAUGUUCAAACUAAUGGAACUGAAUAAUUUAUCACUGUAUUUUGAUACAAAUGUGCAGUUAAUCGGGGAUUUACCUAUGGCUCAAAUUGUGUCGUUAUUACAAGGUGGAACAAGUCUGCGAGAUGGAUUUGAUAUUCAUGAUUAUGUGUUAUCUCCAACAAAUGCUCGUUCAAGAAUUCAAAGAAACACAAGUGAGUUGCCACUGACUUCAGCUAGCACACCACGGCUGAGUACAGACAUCACUAUCGAAGAACUUGCUGUGUCCCUUUCCAACAUCCAAUAUAAAUAUCUUGUCUACUGGACUAGAGAACUUGACAAGCAGGACAGACUUUACCGUUGUCUCAAAUGGAGGCCAGAUGUUAGUUGUGCCGAGAAUCCAAGGCGCUGGUGGGACUAUGCUAUCACUGGUUAUUUGUUUUUCAUAAAUGGUCGACAACGUGACUUCUCGGUGAAAAGGUCUGUACAGAGAGCACGAGAUUUGGUGGACUAUUACAAAGCUUAUUGUGCAUACUUGACACAGACUAACACAGCCACAAUGAUUCAACACCAAAAGAAAAUGGAAGAUGAGUUAAAUAUUGAAGAAAUUAAAACCAUUCGGUUACUAGCAUUUGACAAAGUUAACAAAGACAUGAAGGAGGAAAUUACCAAGCCAAGUACUCCUGUAACACAAACACCUGAAGAGUAUAAAACAGGUUACCUCCAAAGUUGGCUGUCAUGGGCUGUUGGUUAUUCAGAACCCUUAUCUCCUGAUUGUUUAAGCAGCGAAACUGAAACUCCUGCUGAAGAAUCCAUCGAGGAUAGAGAAAAUUUAGAGCGAGAAUUGAUGGACAUUGUGAACAAAUCUAUGGACAGUGAUACAUUUUACAAACGAGACAAAGUGUUUGCUACAUUAAACUUUUGCUUAAAGAAAGGGUCAAUGAAGCUGCUCACAAGUACAGAAAAAGACAGCACUAUUCGGGAGAUGCUUGUUGCAGAGUGCAAUGAUAUCAACAUUAAUGUUGAAGCGCGGCCUCAAGUUGGUGCUUACAAAUUUUGCCUAAGCUUAGGAAUUUUUGAGCUACAAGACAGACUUAUUAAAGAAUCUUGUUUCCCAAGUCUUAUUGUUCCAAAUCCAAAGGAAAUUUCAUACACAUUCCGUAGAAUGCGUUUUGGUAAACCCCUUGCCAAAACUACAACAAUCCAAGAAGUACCAGUGCCUGAAUCAGGCGUUGAUCCUUGUGAGAAAAUAUUUGAAGUGACUUUUGAGAAAUCAGAGUCAAACAGCAAUAAAAAAUACAGAAUCUAUGUGAAAACCAAAUCAAUAGCCAUUGUCUGUAACCCUUAUACAGUAAAAGAACUGAAAGAUUUCUUUACUGUAUCUUCAUCAGCUCAUAAUUAUCAAGAUAUGGGCCAAACCCUUACAGAUGCUGCAUAUAAACGAUACCAAAAUCUAAAAUUCCAUACAAAAACUGAAUUGCAAAACAGAUGGCGGGAGCUUCUGCAAGGAAAGAAAGUACCUCAACAAAAUCGGAUUGAAAUAAAACUGGAUAUAGCAGCUCCUAAAAUUAUUGUUCCUGAAUCAUUCUUUGAUCAGAAUACAACCUUAGUGGUUUUUGACUUGGGUUAUCUCAGUUUUCAGAAUGCUACAACUGGUAGCUUAGCAGAGAAAAGUCCCCAGUUUGAAGAUCAAGAUGAGGAAUUCUUAACUCCAUCACAGUCUCCUCCCAAUGAGCUUGAGUUGAGCGAAGAAGUCGUUAGUUUUAGCCCACAGCCACAGCAACUACCACAGCCAACUGCUGAAAGUAUGAAUGAGAGUUUCUAUGAAAGAUAUCAGGUAAUUUUGGAAGAUUUACAAGUGCUAGUUGGCCAGACUCAUGACAACUGGAAAGCUGCCCAUUCUCGAGGUAACACCCGUAUCCACUUGCUAGACAAGUUCAGCAUUGAGGUACUUUUUGAAAGACGUGUCAUAUUUACCACUGAUCCAGAAUGGCCCUCUGUUAGGCUGUCAGGAACUUUACCAUCACUUACCAUCCAUGCAGACCAGAAAAAGGUGAAAGCCUUGAGUACUUGUAUGAAUCAGCUGUCAUCACUUCAUAAAACACAAAAACCAAAAUUGAAGUCUACAGUCAGUAUUUACCAAAGUAUGGACAUGGAUGCAGCUGACCCGAAUAUUUCCAGUGCUUCUUAUAGCAAUGUGCCACCUUCUGAAAAAGAGAAGCAACAGCAAAGCAAGAUGAUGGAAGCAUCUGUUUUACUAGAAGCAGAGUUUUCUGUCAAUAAAUUAUCACUGGAAAUUAACAGCCGAGGUCGACCUAUUACUGAACUCCAAGUAGAUCAUGUCCAAGGGCGACUAGUGAAAAAAUACAAGGAAAUGACAACCACACUUACAGUACACAGUUUACUGCUUGUUGAUGGACUACAGACAUUUGGCAAAGAUUAUGAACUGCUUGCAGCUUCUCACAAAAAUUUGUCAAUGGACAGCCAGAGUGGAAAGCUUCGAGGGUCAGAAUCUCAAACUGAGCUGAGGCCAUCACCAGUGUCAUCUUCGUCUGCUCUUUCAGAUCACCGUGAUGAAGGUGGUCAAGGAAUAUCACAAAAAGAGGAGGCUCUUAUUACCCUACACAUUCAGGUGAUUGCCUCCAACAGCCCAAAUAACCCGACCAAUGAAAAAGUGUUGAGGGCAGAUAUUCAGUUCAACAGUCUGGAUGUCAUUGCCAAUCAAGAAACUUUGACAGAAAUAAUGAGCUUUUUUCAUAGCACUAUGAAAGACAUGUCAAAAAAAUCCGUUCGAUCUCCAAAUCAUUCAUCUACUAAAGACCAAAAUGAUGAUUCCAAAAAUGCUGAUUUACAAAAAUCCAUGUCUUCAGUCCCUCAGAGUAUCUCUGGUAUGUGCAUUGGUGUUACAGCUGACUUUCAUCGCUUAAACAUCCUGCUGGUUCAUCUUGAAGACUCUGUCUCUGGCCGGAAUGCCAGAAAGGUGGCCACUAUUACCAUGUCCAAUGCACAAAUCAAUGCUCGCAUAAGUGAAAAACUCGAGGUUGCUGGUUCACUAGAAGGGUUUCACAUUGUAAAUGUAAUGCCCGAAGCCCACAAACACCAAUAUCUAUUACAAGUUGGCAAGUUGUCAACACUUCCAAGUUUCCAAAGUAAUUCUGACAUGGUUCAGGUGUACAGCUCAAAUCAGAAGAAAGCUUAUCAAUGGGAACCCGAGAUCUUAGAUAACAACUCUAGGAAUAGCUAUGCAUUAACCUUCCAACUCGAGAGAUACCUGGGACAUGCUGCUUUACUCUCUUCUUCUUUUCCACUUCUUCCAAUCAAUGAAAGCCUUAUCUAUACAGUUAACGGCAACUCUGCAGUUUCUGAGAAGGACGUUGCUGUAAAGAUCAGGAUGGCAUCAGUCAUUUAUAUCCAUUCUCCGCUGUUCUUAAGAGAGCUGUCUGAAUGUCUUUCCAGCUUCAAAGACUAUACUUCAAAUGUAGCUUCUUCGAUAAAGCAUGCUGCAAAAGAAGUUGCCAAAGGUCUUGUAGCUAAGCGUAUGGAAACAGCCAGUGGAAAUUUCCCUGGAGGUAACAACAGUAGCAAUGAUUACAUUCAUUCUCCACCCAAUCAGCGUAAAUCUGAAAGCCAGUCCUUAGAGAUGAAUGACUUCUUCCCUCCAGAUAUGUCCUACAGUGAAGAGCAGUUCUUGACUGGCUCAUUAACAACUUCCCCACCUGAAGAGCUCAAGAUUAAUAUUGAUAUGCAAAUUGAAACUCCAAUUGUGUUUCUACCUCGAAAGCAAACCAGUUCAGAAGUUCUAAUGGCUUGCCUUGGAGAAAUCUCCAUCAAAAAUAUGCCUGCUGAGUCAAUUACUAAGAAAGACGUCAAGGACUGCAUUAGUAUUCAUGUUGACAAGAUGAGUUUGUAUGCAUUGAAUUUAACUACAUUCAAUAUUUAUGAACGUGUAUUUGACUAUCGUGGACUUGACAUUGAACGUCUGUUCAAGGAUGAUCAGUUUCGUAAAUGCAACCCAGUACUGUACGACACAAAUAUAGAAAUAACCCUCCAUGUACUUGAAUAUGACAUCACAUGCCGGUCGCCUUGCUCACCUGGUAUGGAAGAAAGCACACACUUCAAACCUCAUUCAUUCAACUCGGCCUUCACAUACAACAUCCCAAACGACACUGAAGACAAAAAAUCUUCUCCAGCACCUUCCCAGUCAUUAUCUGUUAAUAUUGUCAUUGCAACUCCAUGUAAACUUGUUCUCUCUAAAGCUGUCUAUGAACAGAUUCUUGAAACUCGCCACAACUUAACAUUAAGUGGCAUAAAUGAAGAAACAGUUACUUUCUCAAUUUCCAGUGAAGGUGACAAUAGUUCAUCAUAUUUACCAGGAAUUUCAGCACUAAAACUAGACUCUUCUACUGAAUCAGACAUUGCCAAAGUGAUUCGAACAGGGAGCAGUGAAUCUACUCAGUCAUCAAAGCCAGUUCCAACUAGUCUCCCAUUAGAAGCACGGUUUGAAGUGGCAAUGUUCAGUGUCGAGAUGCAAGGAGAUUUGGAACCUGAUUCUCAAAAACGACUUGUUGACCUUUGUUUACAAGAUCUCAUCCUUAUCUAUCAUCGAAUGGACAAUUAUGUGUCCUCAUUUGAUCUUUCUCUUAAAUCACUUACUAUGGAAGAUUUAUUGGAGACAAAUGACUCUAAACCUCGUUAUUUAAUGGUUUCAUCUAAAAAGGAAGAACCAGAACCUAAAGAAGAUAAAUUAGGUUCUAAUUUAUCAACAUCUUGUCCUGAUUGUACAAUAAUGGUCCCUAAACCCAAAAUGCCUGGUUCUUUGCCUUCAAGUUUUCAUGAAGAGAAUGUUUUUAUGUCUCAUUCUAAGAAAAACAGCUUAGGAGGUAAUCAAAGGAAAAUGGCUGCAGAAGAAAGCAAUGAGGGAUGCUACCCCUGUACACCACCACCUUCUCCUAUGGGUUCAAUGGAACAAGUGACUAACAGUGGACCUCUGGUUCACAUUAGUAUAUUCCUAGUUGAUAGCAAGUGUCCUCAGUUUCAAGAAACCUAUAAACAGAUCAAUCGCUCCAUUGAUAUUCAGUUUAGCAGUUUGGAUACAACCAUUAAUCUGCAGACUUGGGUCGUAUUACUUGAUUUCCUGGGUCUUGGGGCUACAUUUAAAGAAGCUGGAGCCCAGUCACCAAAUGUUUUCUCAACCAGUCAAGACUCCUCGUUGGACACUGAAGAUAACUCUAUUCAAAGUGAAGAAGUUGUUAACUCAAAGUUUCACAUGAAUAUCGAAAGCCUCACUCUAAUUAUGAAUAAACCAGAGUAUGAACUGGCUCGAGCCACAGUGUCCAAUCUGAAAGCCAAUUUGUCCCUGCAUGACGGCAACACGCAUGUUGUUGGUCAACUUGGCAGUAUCUCUGUGCUUGACCAGUCACCAUAUGGCCUCAAUUUCCGAGAAAAAUUCAUCAGUGUUGGAGAUCAAGCCCUUACAUUUGAUAUAUUCAAAUAUGCUGGGGAUGAUCCAGGAAUGCAGAGGGCAUAUGAUUUGUGUGUUAAACUACAUAUGGCAACUGUGCAAUACACGUAUACAGAUAGAUUCCAGAGUGAAGUAACAGCAUUCUGUAUGCAUUUUCUGCAAUUACAUGACAGAAUGGGUCGGAUUCGUGCUGCAUCCAUUGGUAAAAAGAUCUCAGCAAGUAUGAUACGUAAUGCUCGCAUUAAGAUGAACAUUGAAGCAGACAGUCCUGUGAUUUUGCUUCCUUACAGUUAUAAAACAACAGGCCUACUCGUUGCUGAACUUGGACGGCUUAGUGUUACCAACCAGUUCCUUUUAGAUGGUUCCAUUGGAACCAUCAAAGGUAGACAGUACAAUUCAGCCAACUCUACUCACUCUGAUGACAAACUAGCCUCCAAUUCUGUGAGUAGUUACACACCAAUGACUCAAAGUGUUUUCCAUCAGAGUUUGCCAAAAGAAAAUGAAAAGCCUGCACUAGUUAUUCCUAAAAUUGAUGUUGAUCUGAUGAACCAAAGCAUUUAUGGUAGUCUUGAACAUGACAUCAGAGAUGGGGAACUUGAAGCGUCAUCCAUGAGUGAAUCAAAAUCUUCUGAUAUUUUUGACCCCACUGAGAAUGUUUCUGCAGAAGAGACUGUUGUACUGUCAACAUUGGAGUGCUUGUCUCCAUGCAACUUUUCAGUACUGGACAGCCGUGUGUUGUCUGAUAGCAGCUCUGACAAACUCUCCUCUCCACAGAGUAGUAAAUUCUGUAAGAAACUGUCAGCACCAUUGCUUGCCCAGGAAAAAAAGACUAUAAACCCUUUCACGUUGUCUGUUCAGCAGAGCAUGGCUUAUGCUCAGUGUGACCCCAUGAAGCACAUCUGUCUGCUAGAUGUAAUGUCAGUAACAUUGACUGAUAUGGAUUUGUAUUCAGCUGAGUUGGUUAAAGUUGAUACAUCUGAUGGACCGAUUUAUUCAAUUGAAAGAGAUACUGGUAAAAUCUUCAAAGAAAAAUGUGCAUUACAUCUGCAAGUGGAACGGAAUCUUGAUCGGGGACUUAGCCAUUCUGCUCCAAACAUUCAUAUGACUGGCAAGCUGUCUUCCAUUCAUGCUUUAAUUACUCUGAAACAGUUCAAACUAUUGCGGGGUAUUCUUGCUCAUAAUAUUGGUGAAACAUUGCCAGACUUCCAGCGACCAUUUAUGACACAUUUGAAAGAGCCACAAAAUAAGGCUCCUCCAUCUGGUUCAGUGUGGACAAAUAUGCUCAUGGAAAUUGACUUAAGAAACAUCACUGUAGAAUUAUUAUUUGACUGGCAAAACACAUCCCAAGAUUCUUUGGCAAGAUUUGAUUUCAUUCAUUCUAAUCUUCUGGUGAAAACACGCUCCAAUGGAACCAAAGAUGUUGAUCUGGUUUCUCAUGAAAUACGAGCAGUUGACACUAGAUAUAAAGAUCUUCCACCUGGGAAAGCUCCAAAUGUGUUUAGUAACAUCUUGCAACCAUCAAAACAAGUAGAUACCUGUAGCAAGUUGCAAAUGGAGCUAUAUUUUCAAUUCACCAAUCAAGUGAAGCUGUUUACUGUCUUGUUGAAUAACAUGCGGCUGAUGUGCAUCUUUGACUGGUUGCUAGCCGUCAAUAACUUUCUCACCACUGAUAUUGAGGACCCAUUUUUAGAUAUGGAUAAAAAGCCAGAGGUCAAAUUUGAAACUGUGAAGAUCAGAAACCCCUCUGAAAGUUCCACACCUAUUUUGAGGCCACGCAGUCCUCUCAACAGAUCUCAAGGAAUAGUGACUAGACGAUGUCAUGUUGUUGAACAAACUGAGGUGCCAUUUGAGCUGAAAGUCAAUGUCAGAAAUACGCAGUUUGUGGUUGUUGCUGACAUGUCUACAUGGGACACGGAAGCAGCUAUUCUGAAGUGCACUGCUGUGCUACGGUAUCGUCCGAAAGCACAAGACUUACCACUGUCAUGCAGUUUGCAGAGCCUAGAAGUAUUUUCCUGUUUUCUAAUGGAAGAAGAGGAAACUGCCCUUUCAAUUAUUGAUCCAACCAGCAUUACCAUAGAAAUUAAUGCCAACCCAUUGCCAGAUCGCUCAACUUCACGUGUUACUGGCUUGCUAGAUGCUCAAGCUGUGGAAAAUCCUCUAGUUCUUGAAAUGACACUCAAUCUUUUAAACAUUCGUUUGUCUUACAAUGACUUAAAGAUGUUUAUUGCCAUCACUGACUCUUUACCUGAACAAGCUACAAAGGCUAGAACUGCCCAGAACAUCCAUUUUAAAAGCACAGCUCCAGCUGUACAGGAAGUUGAAAUGUUACCUCUUGGGGAGAGCUCAGUUGAUGCACUGCCUGGCCUAAAUUGCUCUUCUGCCAGGAGCAGUUUUAGUGAACAUAGUUAUCAAACUCAAUAUUCAUCAUCUCGAAGAGCUUCCAAUAUUGAACAAAAUUCUUGGUUUUUAACGGGUAUUGAGAUAAAAGCCUCGUCAAUUUGUAUUUGUCUCAUUGAUGAUUGUAAAGAUGCUGAUGUACCACUUGCAGAAAUUUCAUUCAACUAUUUAGAACUUCACCAACAGCUCCUCCCCAAGAAAGUGGGUCGAGGUAUGUUCAAAUUACUUGGAGACUAUUACAACCGCAAACUGUCUGGUUGGGAACCAUUUAUUGAAGUUUGGAAGUGCAAUAUCAACUGGGAGUACAUAGAAGAAGCUGAGAGAAAAUUAGAAUUAAAGAUAGACUCCAUGGAUUGCCUUAACAUUAAUUUGACCAGUGCCUUCAUUGACCAGUACACUAAGACACGACUCAAGUGGACAGAAGAUUAUUACAAAAAUACUGAAGAAAACAGAAACACCAGCAAGGAUUCAUCAACAAAGUUAUCUCAAACAGUCGCCAAGAAAUUUGGUCUACAAAAACGUAUCCCAUUUGUGCCUUUUGUCAUACGAAAUCACACAGGAUUGCCAUUCCAUUUUUUGACUGUAACCACCACCCCUGCCUGUGUCUCUGGAGUUGACACAAAGCGUGGAUUGUUGGAAAAUUUCACUGAUGCUUAUAUCAAAGCUACAGAGUGGAAGCAGGUUGAACCAAAUGAAGAAGUCCCAUUUUUCUUCCAAAGGAGGGAGAAAAUUCGACACAAGGAAACUCAUGAACUUCGUGUCAAUCAACUUGUGGUCAAAGCUGAUGGCUGGCAGAAACUUUCUGCUGUGACCGUAGAUAAAGUUGGAAUCUACUUCCGUGAUGCUCAACCCGAUGAGAAAGUGAUCCGCACGCAGGUAUCUUUUGAACCCAUUUCCGGCGGCGUGCUGAACUAUACUGCCAGAUACCGUUCGGGUGAUUCUAAUCUUACCAGGGAUGGGGAUUCUCUUCCACAUGAGCAAACAAUGCGUCAGCAAGUGGCUCGUUUUGUAUUUGAUGUCACACAAGAAGGAAGUGCACGCAAGAUGAUCACUGUAAGAUCAGCCUUGACAAUUGUUAAUAAACUGCACAUGCCUGUUGAGGUUGUCAUGUACCCUUUUACUGGACUAGGAUGCACCAUGUUGAAAGAGAAGCAAUUAAUCCAACCAAAUAGCCAGUCUCCUGUACCCAUUCUUUACACUUCUGCAUCCCUUUGUGCUCGCCCUGCUGAUCUCCCUGUGGAAGAAUGUGGUGAACCACUCUAUUGGGACAGAGUUCGUAAAAUGGAUGACGUCCUUGAUUACCAUCGGGUCUGUCGGCCUAUCAAACCAAAUAAAGAGUGUUUCAGGUUUUGUGUGUCUGUAAGACGUGGAAAGUAUCCCGAGGAAACUCAGCUACAUAGAAUACAUGCUCGAGAAUACAGUAUUCCUGGUCACAUAAUUACUCUUCAUCCACCAGUCACUCUUUGCAAUCUGCUACCAAUUGAGAUGUCUUACUACUUCAAGAAUACCUCAAUGAAGGGUCAAAUUGAUGCUGGAAAACAGGAGCCACUCUAUCAGGCUGACAUGAGCCAGCAUCUUGAACUCGGAAUCCAGCUGGAAAAUUUCCGAGAUUGUAAUGAGUUGAUGAUCCCUCCAGGAACUAUCAAUUAUAAAGCUAGGUUUGAACUAUACGACAGUGACGACAGAAUGUUGGCGUUGACUGUACGCAUCAUUUCACGCAAAGGAGGAGCACUCAAGCUCCAAAUCUCAGCUCCCUAUUGGCUUGUCAACAAAUCCGGCAUCCCAUUAAUUUUCAAACAAGAUGGCACCAGACUAGAAGCUGCAGGUCAAUCAGAAGACCACGAAAGAGCAAAAAGUGUCACACCUUUACUUUUCAGUUUUACUGACAAAGAGUGUCCAACCAGAUGUUCUAUGAGAGCUGGGAGACAAACUGUAGCAGCAGAGAGUGUACUUCUUCAGUGGUGUCCUCGUUUUACAUUAGACAGUGGCAUUGGUACACGCCAAGUGCACAUUACUUCUAAGGCAACAAAUAGUCCAAAUAGAGUUUUUACCAUUGGUAUAGAAGUGAAACAAGGUUGUGGUAUGUACUGUGAUACCAACAUAGUCACUUUUGCUCCUCGGUACUGUAUUGAUAACCAGUCUCAGUAUAAACUGUCAAUUAUCCAGCAACAUUUUGCUACAGAAAUAGACCCAAAACAACAGCUGAAACAUUCUUUGAUUGCUCCCCCAAAGAGUUCAAUGCCAUUUCAUUGGCCUCGUGUUGAUUUUGAUCCGCUUCUUUGUGUGAAAGUUCUUGAUGACUCUAAGGUCUUUUGCUGGUCUGGAGGUUUUAGGAUUGAUAAAGUGGAUUCCUUUCAUAUUAACAUAAGAGAUGAACAGGGCAAUUCCUUACUGCUGAAAGUAGAAGUCAUUCUUUUAGGGCCUACACUUCAUGUGCUGUUCUACAACUCUGAUGACAUGCCACCUCCUUUCCGGAUUGAUAAUUACUCAUUAAUUCCAGUGCAGUAUCAGCAAGCUGGAGUUACCAAUCCAUUACUAAAGCAAUACAUUAAACCAAUAACAUCAUUGCCUUAUGCAUGGGAUGAACCUAUUCUAAAUCCAUAUAUUACUCUUGGAAUCUCCGGAGGAACAAGUGCAACAUAUAACAUGAACAAACCUGGUGAAGGAGAACAGCUUUGUUAUCAGAACUUCAUCUUCUUAGCUGCUACCUCUACAUUCAAUGGAGAUGUCCAUCUCAAGAGUCCAACCAGUCAUCCUGAUUGCAACAACAGAGAGUUAGUUCUCGAUGCUAUUAGCACUCGGAUAGUGUUCAAGAGAAAAGAACUUGGCAAACGAUCUCAACUAUGGCGUAUGACAGGUGAAGGAAUGCUAGAGAAUGAAGGUUCAGCCCCUCCUCAGGAGCCUGGGAAAGUAACUGGCAAUGUAUUAGGGCUUGUUUUGGACAUAUCUGACAUUGCCCCUCAACCUGGUAAAUGUGUACCACUCAUCCUUAGAAAACCUGAUGAGCGCAGACGAACAACACAAUUAUGGAAGUUCACUCGUAAUGGUUUGUUAACAUGUGCCAAUGGAACAAUGUGUGUGCAAGCUGUUGAUACCAAUGCACUACAACAUGAUGCUAUAACUCUACUUGGCCCAAUACCUUCUCCAACAUUGAAGAGUGUCCCAUUUCACAUGCAAAUUUCUCGUCAGAAACAACGACCCGGUUCUGGUUUCAUUAGUGUCACAGUUCUCAUGGAUGGACCUGUCAGAGUUUUACAUAUUUCUGAUAUUCAGAAAACAUUCCAUGGUGUUGGCUGUAUGUGCUUUUCUUCAACUCCAUGCAGUACACAGUGCCACAUGAGUAACAGCAGAGAAACCUUUCAGCCUAAACAUCUGUGGUAUGCUCCAGGCCUGAGGCCAGGGGCAGAUAAGGUACUCCAUUGCCUUACCAGGUGUGGCUAUUACAGCAAUACCUUGUGUGCACAAUCACAUUCACCUAGCCAUUUUCAGAACACGAGUUUUGCUGAUCCCAACUUUGAAGAUUUACAGCUGGUGGAUCCUAACCAUUCUUCAACAGACAUAAAACAUAAACGUGCUAAUGAUGAGAAAGAACAACAGAAGAACAAAAUUGUUGUCCAUGGUCUGCUUUCUUUGCCAAAAGGGGUAGGAAUAUCUCUUGUGAACCGGGUACCUGAGGAACUUGUUUACAUUGUUAUGUGGAACAUUGUGAUACGAUGCAAUAGCAAAAAUGGUUUACUCAUCAUGGAAGCUAGUAUUGGUAAUGUACAGAUUGACAACCAGCUGUUUAGUGCUCAGCGGCCAGUGAUGCUGUCCAUUGUUCCAUCCAAAAAUGAUGUCCCUGAAAAUACGCCUGCACUACACAUGGUCGUCCAUAAAAAUCCUUCUCAGUGGAAUGUAGAGAUAUUCAAGCACUUAAUUAUUUCAGUACGUAAGGUAAAGUUACACUUAGAGGAGAUGUUGCUCCUGAAGUUGUUGCAGUUCACUGGUUACCACGAGCCAGAUGAAGACACACAGCUGAUGGAGAAUGCCUACAGCAGCCAGAGCUUUGAAUCAGUUUUAUCCAGUUGCUUCUCAGUUUUCAAAUUGUUAUUUUGUGAUGAAGAAAGGCCUGUUCUCCAAGCUGCUGCUAGCCCUCCUCACAACAAGCGUUACUUCUUUGGCCUUCUCCGGUUGAACACCCACCGUAUCUCACUGAGCAUGCUCACUGCACCUACUUUGCCACCAGAAUUAAAAGCGAUUAAAAAUAAACUAUCUCUUCGGUGGAUAAGCUUUGAAGAUGCAACAGUUGAUUUGGAUGCCUAUGUCCGACAACAUGUCUUUGAAACGAGCACAUUUCUAAUUAAUGAGAUAAAAUCUCACUACACUGAUGAACUGAAAAGUCAAGCUGCCAAGAUCUUGGGUUCUAUAGACUUUCUAGGGAAUCCUCUUGGUUUGUUCAAUGACUUCACUGAAGGUAUUUCAGGCCUCAUCAAAGAUGGUAAUUUUGGUGGACUGCUGAAAAAUGUCACUCAUGGUGUGUCAAACUCUACUGCCAAGGUGACCAGCUCCUUAUCUGAUGGAUUGACUAUAGCAGCUAUGGAUGAGAAGCAUUUGAAGAAACGAACCCAGAUACUUUCAGAACGUUCCACUGGUCAUUCUUCUGACCAUCUGAAAGCUGGUUGCAAAAGUCUGGUAAUUGGACUUGUCGGUGGUUUGACGAGUGUUGUCAACCAAACAUAUGAAGGGACACGAGAUGAUGGUUUUGGAGGGUUUUUCACUGGUUUGAGUAAAGGAUUAGUUGGCACUGUAAUCAAGCCUGUCACUGGAGUACUGGACUUUGCCACAGCUGCUGCUACUGCUGCGCGGGAGACAAGUCGACGAUCUUACAAGAUCCAGGUUCGAAUUCGUGAGCCACGUUGCUGUCAUGGACUGGGUGGUCUCCUACCAAACUAUAAUGUUAACCAUGCUAAACAACAAAGAAACAUCCACCUUCUCAACAGCAACCAUUUUGAUGAAUUUUUCAUUGCUUGGGAGCAAGUCCGUAAAGACAGCAGUCGACAGUGGUGUGCCCUCAUCACAAACAAAAAAGUCUACUUUCUCAUGUGUGAUAAAACUUCUGACCAUCAGAGCGUUGAUUAUAAGAUUGACCAUCGGGAUAUCCAAUUUUGUAUGCCUGUUUCUAAAAAUGACAACUACUAUGUGAAAUUUGUCAAGAAGAAUUCAAUCAAAGCUCCUCCCUAUAUACGAUGUGACAGUUUUGCAAUUGCUCAAAGGGUCUCACAGCAAAUUCUUUAUGCUCUGGGACUUCAUGAAGAAAUACAGCAAACCCUUACUCAAGACACUAUGUUAACAGAUUAUGUUGACUAACCACCAUCUGACACUAAAAUCUGUACCUAAAGUUCUCAUCGGUUGGGACUUGGAAAUGAAAAUUGAACCUUUUACAUUUCACCAAAUGAAAAUACAUUUAAAUUAGUUCUUGUCCUUGAGGAAUAUACUUAUAUUGGAAGGAACUGAAAAAUCGGCUGCAACAGAACCAAAGCAAAUCUUCAGGAAAUGCUGUAGUUUGUUGAGUUUAAUCUACCAUCGUGCCUGUUUAUACACAUAACAACAUACAAAAUUGUUUAUAUUCACAUGCAGAUUAGCAUUAUUAAGAAGAUUGGUAUUAUCUGUCAAUCCAAAGAGAAACGACAGGUGCUAGUAAAAGGAGAGACACCCUCCAACUCUUCUUGCUCCCAGCCCACCUUGAAAGAGAAAUCACAAAUCAUUUUUAAAAUAAGUGAAUUGCAGUUAUCUCUCAUAAAGACUGGAAUAAAUAUGCCUUUCACAAUUGGUUCAUAUCACAAAAGUUGAUACAACUUUAACCAUGAGAUGUCUCCUUGUAAAUAUAUGUUAAAUAAGAGAUAUUUCAUUCAUGGUGAAGCUGUAAAUUAAUUUUUGAAUUAACUAUUACAUGUGACUUUACUUUUUUUUUUUUUAUUUAAGAAAUUUCAGUUUCUGGAAAUCUUUUCUGUGAGGACUAUAAAAGAGCAUUUCACUUUUAGUUGAUUAUUAAUUUAAGUAUAAUGUUAUUGUAAGAGUUUGUAAACGAAUAAUUUUUCAGUAUUUAUCAAGACUGAAUGUGGAGUGAGACUGAUGCAAAUAAUGAUAGCAUGAUCUGUAGAACGAUAUUAUUUCAUAGCUCAUGUGAUAGACCGUUACCAAAAGAAUACAUUUCUGGUUAGUUACUAUUUCUGUUAUAUAUUCUUCAAACUGUUGUCUUUAUUGUAUAUAUGUAUAUAUAUGUGAAGAUAUGUAUAUUUAUAAACUGGUUUGUUGUGUUUGCACACCAAAUUAGUUUCAAUUUGAUAUACUGACUCAAGAAUCCAUAGAUACAUUUUCUGAUCAGCUAAUGUGAGUUCAAAGCUCUCAUCUAUGCAAAUGUAAGAAGUCACCAGAUGUGGUUCUCCAUGCAGAGAGAGAUAAAAAAACAAACUGGAUUAAAACUGUACAGAGUUGGCUGUAACUGUGAUAAGUGUGUGCGUUACAUAAUAUUUGCUUUCAAACCAUAUAUAUAUAUGGUUAAUGUAAAAAGAAUUGAGAUUUGAAAAUAAAAGAAGUGUGCUGUGAGUAAGUUUAAUUGCUAUUAUCCUUUGUUAUUCACUAACAAGUGUCACAAUAAACAGAUUAGUAGCAAAGCAAAUACACAUUUAAUGAAACUGUCAAGACUAUAUGUACAAGUUUCAAGUGAGUUUAUCAAAAAGCUAUCACAAACUGUUAAGCUUUCUUAGUUACUGCUAUAGUACUUGGAGUGCACAAUUCUCUCUAAGUAACUGUAAUUUCAUUUAAGAAAUAGAAAUGUCGUUAUCUGAGCAUUAGCUAAAAUUGUCUUGUGGCAUAUUUACAGCCUUUCACAUUCUGAGUUCAAAUCCUGCUGAGGUCAACUUCACCUUUCUGGGUUCGUGAAACAAAUUAUUCGUUAAGUUCUAAAGUUGAUUUAAUCUAUUCUAUCCACCUCUAAAAUGUAUGGCCCUCUGCUUAUGUUAGAAGUCAAUAUUUAUAUGUAGCAAUAUACCUUCCUCUCUUAAUUGGUAUCAUUAAAAACCUUUGAAAUCUGAACGCAUUGAAAAAUUUCAUUGCAUUCUAUAGAAGCAAUUUUGACCAUCAGAAUGAGCGAUUCAGUGUUGCAUCACUUGUAAGAUCUCCAUGUUUAUGGCUGAGUAUUUUGUUAUUUAGAUAUUUAAAUAUUUCUUCUAAUGCCACACUAAUUAGGUAAGUUGCUUAAGGUUUUUUAAACUACUGGGUAUUGAUUUGCUUUCAUUAGUAAAGCUGUUUAAUUGAAUGAAAUAAUGGAGGUGCUAGAAUUAAAAAAAACAACAAAAAAGAGCCAAAUAACAGAUGUGUCCUCUAGAAUAUUUAAAUAUGUCCUAGAAACUAAUAAUAGUAAUCACA